AUGCGAAAAGCAUUUCAUCUUUUUGAUGAUGACGAUACAGGAAAAAUAUCUGUUAAGAAUUUACGUAGAGUAUCUAGAGAAUUGGGGGAAAAUCUUUCUGAUGAAGAACUGCAGGCAAUGAUUGAUGAAUUCGAUCGCGAUAUGGAUGGAGAGAUUAGCUUUGAGGAAUUUAUGGCGAUUAUGAAGCAAACAAGUCUUUAUCAAUAA